GUAGAACUUUACAAUUACAUAUGCAGCAACACGGUGCCAUUUGCACUUAAGACUGGCAACCAUAGGAAGCAAAGACGGGUACAAAGAGAGACCGAAGAAGAAGAAGAGGACAGUCAGUCUGUGCCAUGUUGGCUGAAGGUUUUCUCAGAGUGCUGCGUUACAGGGAGGAGAGAAAGUUCGCCACUGCUUCCAAGAUUAAGAGAUGGCAGACACACACACCUGGUCCGGAUCAGUUCAGCUGUGUUGUCUCCGAGUCCAUCUCUGCAGACCUACAGACAGAUUCAGCUGAAGCAGGUCCAAACCAGGAAGAACUAGACACCACCCAAUUCCAGGGACUGAAAGUGGUCCCUCAAGGUCCUUUAGGCCUCUUGAUCCCUGGGUGUCCAGCUGACCCUACAGUUUUCCUCGACAACUGUAGCCUCCUGGACCAGUACCCAGAUCUGCAGGUGGCCGACUCAGGCCUCAUCUCACACAACCCACCGAGAGCCACCGUCCCCCUGCAGGGUUUUCACACUCAGCCUCUUGCUACAGAAGCCCGCCAUCACCCAGAAUGGCCAACCCAACAGGGCCCACGAGGCGAGCCUGUCCUAUCGAUACCAGACCAGGGUUAUCUGGUUAUGGGGGCCAGUGUGAACAACAGCUUGGAUCUACCCGGAUCAGGCUUGGAGCCCAUGUCUAACUCUGUGCUGAACGGUCUGCUGGAGAAACAGCUGGAGGAGGUGUACAUGCAGCAUCUGACUGACAACUUGGCUCGAUGUAACUCCCACCUGGGGAACAGCCUCCUGCACGGCCUGGUGCCUCCGCCACACGGGCUGGGGCCGGACUCACUGGAGGCCGGUCUGGAUCAGGGAUCAAGAGGGGACAGCGGAAAGAUUAGCUACCUGAGCACCCAGAACUUAGCUCCCUGCUCGUCCAACUUCAGCUCCCCUGUGCUGAGGAUUUCAGAGGCUGAAAGUCCUCAUAUGCAAUGAAUGCAGUCAUGCACACUUCCUGCAAAAGUAUUGUGUUCACCUAUGUGAUACUAACUAAAGGCUUUUUUAUGUUGCUUCUGCACUGCAACCUCCAAGUUUACACAUGCCCACAUGCAACUGAGACAUAAAAACAAGUUCAAACAAUUCAUGUUUUUAUGUUUUUAUACCUAUAUCUACUACAUGUCUGUGUUUUCUUGCUUGAUGAAAUGAAGCCUGCUCUCAUGCGCCAUCUGCUGUUAGCUUUAGGAGCUACACCAUCUUGUGUUUACUUGAGAAACAUUUGAAUUGUUUUUUUAUUGAUAUAUAAGUGGGUAUGUGUGUAAGGUAUUUAUAAUUUUGAAGCAAAUUAUAAUCCAAGAUUAUAAACCUAUACUGCACAUUGAAGUUGCCUUGUAGAUAGAGAUGUAACAUAUACAUGAAUACAUCUAGUCUAAAUGAAGUAAAAUAAGAUUCCAAUCAUGUUUUUUAAGUGAUGUGUUGUAUAUAAGUCUCUUAAUAAUGUUUAGACAUACAGUACAUUAAUUAUAUUAAAUGGUUAAAUUGG